AUGGCCUCGCGGUUGGUCUUGGUCAUUGGUGACCUGUUUAUUCCCGAUAGAGCACCGGAAAUCCCAGCAAAGUUCCGCAAGCUUCUCACACCCGGCAAGAUCGGGCAAGUUAUAUGCCUAGGCAACCUUAACGACAAGGAAACAUAUGACUUCCUAAGACAAAUCGCACCAGAUCUACACAUCGUCAAGGGUGACUACGAUACCGAAACCUCGAAUUUAGCCCUUUCAAAAGUUGUACAGCAUGGUAGCCUCCGAAUAGGCUUUACUCAUGGACAUACCAUUAUUCCCCAAGGAGAUGCGGAUGCGCUGUUGAUCGCCGCAAGACAGAUGGACGUUGAUAUACUGCUCUGGGGAGGGACUCACAAAUUCGAAGCCUAUGAGCUAGAAGGGAAGUUCUUCGUCAACCCGGGCAGUGCCACAGGAGCUUUCAGCACAAGCUGGCAAGCAAUUGACGAAGAAACGACGCCUAGCUUUUGCUUGAUGGACAUCCAAGGUGAUGUCCUAGUAUUGUACGUUUACCAGCUCAGAACGGAUGAGCAUGGAAACGAGAACGUCGCAGUGGAGAAGGUGUCUUUCCGAAAACCAGCGGCGACCGAUGUAUGA